AGACUAAAUAUAGAGAUACAGACCAAAUUCUAAUUUAACUUUUAGGUAAUAUAAUAUUACAUAUACUUAAAAUCGAAAAGUAUUUUAACCGCUUGACCGUUUCAAAUAAAGUUUAAAUACUUUGUGGUAUUUCGCGACACUAAUAGGUUUUGCCCACCGACCAGGGCUGCAAUUACUUGACAAUCGAUAUCACCGUAUAUAAUCUAUCCGUUUAGCGGCAAGCAAUCGCUAAUUUUCGAAAUUUAUUUUUGGUUGACGCUUGUUUGUUUUUAAGUCAAGGCUUAACUUAAGUUUGAAACGGAGCCUUAUGGCUACGCUACGGAACCACACAUCAGCCGUUAGCGGCAACCACAGCAGCAAUGGUCAGGACUCGCCACAGGCUCUCCAAGACGCGGGUGCCACUCUGGCUAUUGGUUAUGUGCGUGAAUUCAGGGCGCGGACGGCUAGCUUCCAGAUGCAGCGAUCCGAGGAGUCGCUAGUUUAUGUACAGCGCAGCGUGGCUUUGCUGGGCACCAAGGUGCAUCCGAUCCAUUUUGCUCCUACGUCAGGAAACAUAGAGCUGGCCCGCUUUUACGUCGAUUUGCACGCCCUAAUGGGCGCGUUGGAGAAUGAUGGUGCCGAGGGCGAUGUGUUGUGGGCCUGCGUUGGACUAGUUCAGCACUGCAGCCGGAAUCUGGAGGCUCGGAACGCGAUCGUCGAGAAAUUCUGUUUCGUACCUCUGCUGGGAGUGCUAAUACGACGUACCCGGCGAGUGGAGCGGGUGCAUAGGCUGCUAGUGCUGCUACAGGACCUCACAUACGGUAUUCACAUCGCCUGGGAAGAGCCCUAUCUGGCAGCUCUGAUCGAGCAUCUGGCGGAGAUCGUGCUCGGGACAGAAGACAGCUCUAGUGCCACGAAUAGCGGUUCUGCUCGUGUCGACGACGACUCCCAUUGCCUGCUCGCUCUCUCAGUGUUGGUAAACCUAUGCUACAAUAACUUUGCCGUGCUGUUCCUCUUUCUACGCAGUGUCAACAUAUCAUCCUUCUGUAAAAGAAUUCAAAAUUAUGGCCUGUUGGCCUACAAGAUGCUCAUCAUUCUCUCAGAGGAUGUAUACGCCUUCGAGCUGCCCGAACUGUACACCUUUCUGCGCAUGUCCUUUGCUGGCAUCGAGGAUUGCCUAAAGCACUGGAACGUGGCGCAGUUGCGGCACAUCGUCGACUUCCUGCUAGACUCUCAAUGUCACGCCGGUCUUCAUCGGGCAAUGGUAUCACACAAACACUUCUGCGAGGAUGUGGAAAAGCUGCUUGACCAAAUUGACGCUCGCACCGGCAUGGACGACUCACAGGAGGAGACGCGGAAACACCAUCAGAUUUGCCUGGGCCUGGUUUUUCGCCUUGUAAGCUACAUUUUGCAGCUUUCUGAGGACGGCUGCAGCUCAAUCAGUCUGGACUCCAUUACGCCGCGCCUGUACGAGAUGGUUGGCGAGUGGCUAUCCUCGGAUCUGUGCGGCGUGGCUGCCAUUGAGUUGCUCUGCAUGCUGUUGCGCUUGGGCAAACGGGCGGCAGUGGCCCAGCUUGUUGCUCGCGAUCCUUCGCAUGUGGUCAAUAUAGUGGCCAGCGCCGAGCGACCGGAAACAAAGCCCGCGCAAGUAUUAUCCACUCUACGCCUACUGAUCCAACUGCUUCAGGAGCCGAAGACCGAGAAACUGGUCCUCUCCAAGAUAUCAGAGUCAUACUUCGACAAAAUCUUGGCGGCUCCACUUGCGCUUGUUCCCCAGUUUCUCAGCACACAGAGUCUGGCGCAGAGUGAGGUGGAAAAGGCUUGCUUUUGCCUGCUUCUUCUUGUCAACGUCGCAGGCAUCGCAAAGAAGGCCUACCUGGAUAAAUGCUGCACUUUACUAGAGCAGACUCAGCUGCAAUACUGCUUGGCUCGCGGGAUGGUCAGCAAAAGCGAAUCGCUGGUGGCCGCCGUCCUUCAAAUUGCCCAGUUCGAGGACUUUCCUAAGUCGGCUGUAGCCAAGCACGUGGCUGGUAUCAGGAAUGAUUCUUGCGGGUCGAUGGCAGGAACUUCAGUAGUCUGCACCGACAAUGCUGAGCAGUGGCGCAACCUCAGCUCUAUUUUAAAAGGCCACCGCACAUUUACUGACAAGGAAAUGGCUCAGCGUGUCAACGCACUUCUAGACAGCAUAGGAGGGAUCGUGCGCCGAAACGAACUGGCAUCAGCGCCUGUAUCCCAGGUUAUAGAGCUGUAUAACCACCGCAUCGAUAGUCUCAACGGCGCCGUGCUUAGCCUGGAACAGCGCCUGGAGCAGGCCGGACAGCAACUAGCCAGUGGAACACAACUGGCCCACGUACAGAGCGCCGAACUUGAACGUUUCCAAGCUACCAACUUUGAGCUGCUCAUCAGCCAAGAACGUCUGCAAUCCCAGUGCAAAGAUCUCAAGCAACAGACAGUCGAGCUGAAGAGCAACAUGACUAACCUACUUAAACAGAUGUCCGAGAACUCCGUUCACUUGCAGGCCAACGAACGUCGAUUGCUUGUGAAGAAGUCGGAGAUUGCAGACCUGCAAAGAGACUGCGACGAGCUUAGAACGAACCUGAACGCCAAGAGCGAGGAACUUACUAGGAUGGAGGCUCUCAACAAGGAAAACACUUCUCGCAUAGACAAGCUUAAGAAGUCCAUGGUAGCAUACGAGCAGGAUAUGAAAGAGAAGCUACGCACCAUAGAAGAGCGCGAUAGGGAGCUGGCCAAGACGCACAAGUCCUUGGAGGAGCAACGGGAGGCAGGAAAGAAGUCUGAAGACCUAAUUUCCGUGCUGGAGACACAGCUACAGGAACGAAAGGAUCAAAUUGAACACCUUGAGAUGGAGCAGAAGGAGACAGAGGACUUGCGCAAGACCAUUAUGAGCCUCAUGGAAAGCAAAAAGCCAAAACGGAAGGCUUAAGAUUCAUUUUAAAAUUGUUUUUAAAUCAGUUAGGACCAGCAAUCUAGAGGAAAAUUUUUAACCGGCUUCAAAACAUUAUUUAUAUACAUUUAUUGCGUAUAAAUUGCAUCAAUUUAUUGUAGCCGUGCAAGAUUUUUAUUCAAUUGCACUAAAAAAUACAAAACAAUUUAGUAAGUCAAGUUUACUUUAUUAUAUUAUAUGAUCAAUCUUUGGCUAUUGUGCAGUCUGUGUAAUAAAGAGUACUACUAAAACAAGAA